AUGUCUGAUUCCCAUAUGUUGGAUGUUCCCGCUGUAAUAUUCGAUAAUGGCUCAGGACUGUGCAAAGCUGGCUUUUCUGGGGAUGUUGUUCCUCGUUCUGUCAUAGAUUCCGUUGUGGGCUCCCCUAAAUUAAAAGUACCUUUGGCGCAACUAGCAAAAAUCAAGCAGAAGAUCUUCUUCGUAGGCGAAGAAGCCCAGAAGCGAUAUAACAGCUUGUGUCUACAGUAUCCCAUUGAGCGUGGAGUGGUAAAGAGAUGGGACGACAUGGAAAAGCUUUGGGACCAUCUUUUCAAACGAGAGCUUGAAGUCAAACCUAACAGACAACCAGUACUGUUAACUGAGCACGCCUUGAACCCAAAGAAGAUUCGGGAGAAAACUGCUGAAAUCAUGUUUGAGAAAUACAAUGUUCCUGCCAUGUACCUCUUCAACCAUGCGGUGGGGGCACUUUAUGCUUCUGCCAGUGUCACAGGCCUGGUGGUGGAGAGUGGAGAUGGGGUCACCUGCACCGUCCCUAUCUAUGAGGGUUACCCCAUGCCUCAUGCUGUAGCCAAGCUCUCUUUGGCAGGGAAAGAUAUAACGACACGCCUCAUCCAACUCCUUUUUCUGAAACGCUAUAUGUUUUCGUCUAUAUUCAACAAGGCCUAUAUUGAUGAGAUGAAAGAGAAGAUGUGCUUCGUUGCCAUGGAGGCUGAAGAAGCCAACAGUCAGCCGGCAGUUGAAAGAUACUACAGAUUGCCAGACGGGCAUGUCGUCCUCAUGGAUAAUCAUCUGUGCCACUUGCCUGAAGCAGUUUUUACACCUGAACUGCUAGGCAUUCAGGAGCCAGGAAUCACCAAAAUGGUGUGUAGCAGCAUUGAGAAGUGUGAUGUAGACAUCCAAAACAACCUCUUUGCUGACAUUGUGCUGUCAGGAGGCAACACACUAUUCCCUGGCCUCGGCGAAAGGCUCAUGAACGAACUGAAAUCGACGACUUCCCCACAACAAACCAUCAGAAUCACCGCUUCACCUGACAGAAGUUUCUCUACGUGGAUUGGUGCAUCGGUCAUAACAUGUAUGAGCAUGUUCAAGCAGAGAUGGGUCACCACUUCGGAGUUCAAGGAGUUUGGAAAGUCUGUCAUUGACAGAAAAUGUUUCUAA